AUGAUUACUCUGUCUUGCUCUUGGAACAUACCUUGCGGUUGCUAUCUAGCCCACUUCGCAACCCACAAUAUGAGUGCUUUUCCUCUUCUGUUUCUUGUGGUGCUCCGUUUAGUUUCAGCCAGCACGUCCCCAGGAGUUUCUCUUCUUUCCGAGAGACCAAUUAACGCAGAGGUACCGACGGCACAGUUUCUCAUUGCAGAUAGGUUGAACGACCUCUAUCCCAACUUCAAUACCAGGGGCGGCGACGAUGUGAAACUCAAUUUGAACCAUGUGUAUAACUAUAUUGACGGUACCAAAACAGAACCUUCUACACACUUCGCUUCGUCAGCGAAGUCGCAUCCGAAUCAGCACGGGAAAGAGGGAGGUGCCAUUCAGUUUGAGAGUAAUGGAAAACUCAAAAACAAGCACCCCUCGAAUGUGCAAAAGAAACCUCCUAGAACCUCUGUAUCUUCCACUUCUUCCGGUGGGCCUACAAAAUGUUCCACGCAGCGACGGGUUUGUGGAUCCACAUGUAGAGGGGGCACAAAUAAGAGAUCUAGCUGCGUCGUACAAGUUGGAGUUCCCAAAAUCUGCCAGAAAGACGUCAAAAUCUGGUUUGCAUGUGCUGAAUCGAAUCCUAAGAUGUGCACGUACGUCGAAAAGGAACCUUCUGUCUGCACAAGAGCCAAAACACGAAGGGUGCAGUGUCCAGACGAAAAGUAUUCAUGUGACCGCAAAAUCACAGAAAAAGUCAAGUGUCACGGAAAGAGCAGUGAGUGUGAGAGGUGGAGUUCACUGCCUUGCAAAGAGCGCACUCGCAACUCGGAGAAUAAUCUGUGCCGCGUUCCGUCUGACCAAUGCCAUGAGUGCAAGGGAAACUUUGUAUAUGUGAAAUGCAGGAGAAGGAAAUGGUUCAGGACUGCUGUACCCUGCCCAUUGAACCGGACGCCCAGCCCUGCACCUUCAAACUUGAACACCAAUAGUUCGCCAAAUGAACCUCCUCGAAACUCUCUCCAAUACUCACAUGGGAAAAAUUCGCACAAGAAAAACUCGUCAGGAGUUGCGGGGUCCUCUUCCCCGGUUUUCCUUCCCUUUCCUGACAAAGGAGCACAAGUGGCAAGCAUCCGUUGCUUCGCAUCGUUUUUUGAUGAGUUUCAUUGCAAAGACACUCCGUCGGACUGCCAUCCGACUGACAAGUCGAAGUUCGAUGCCGAGAAGUGUACUGGCCACGCCUGCGCAGCAUGUUCGAAACUUGAUCAGAUUCAAACAUCACCUAAACUUAAGGUUUGGUGUCAAGCAUUCUCCACGCGGUAUUGUGAGGCCGAAGCCGCGACUCCUGGAUCGCUGCGACAAGCGAGUUCCGUUCUUGGAGAGCAUCUGUCGGGACUUCCCAACGAUUCUAGUGACAACUGGUACGAGGACAACGUGAUUCCCAUGAGAGUUUCAGAAGUAUCCGGCCGCUGUUUCAAGGAUGAAUCAAAAAUGGUCUACACUGUUUGCGAAAAGAAAAUGCCAGGACAUCAAGUUUGCGUGAAGGGAUGCCGUUUAAAAAAGAACUGCAAGAAGCAGGAGCUAUCUAAACUGUACAAGGGGUACUGCAAGCACUACUUGCCACGAUACUGCGACAACAAGCAGAAGAAAGCAUGCACGCGCACACGACUAGUCAAACAGACUUGCUCGAAACCCGGAAAGAAGACCUGCAACGGAAAAGUGACGGAAUCUUACGUUUGUUGGAAACCAAAGACGGUGAAGAAGCCUUGCAAACAGCAGGCUUGCCGUGGGAUUUUCCAGUGCGCGAAACAGCGGUUCUUCAAGAAAUGCUCCAGCAUAUCGACGAAGAAAUAUGUCUGUGGCAUGAAAGAAGAAAAACAAGCAGCUUCAUGUACUCAAUCGACCGGAUCGAACUGUACCCCAAAGUACUGCACGGUGAGGUCGUGUACCAGCAGCGCCCAUUAA